AUGAAAUCUUUAUCAAAUAUAGUAAUUGUGGAACGUGUCCUGGUUAUUAAUAAAGGAAAUAAAUUAAUUUAUGAACCUAUUGAAGGUUUUAUUCAUUUACAGCGAAAUGGUUCAUAUAGUUUUUUAUUAAUACAUAUAGAAAUUGAUGAUCAUAGUAAUAUUACAAGAUCUUUAUUUAUAUCACCUAAUCAUUUAAUAUUCUUAGCAAAUAAUACAGAAUUACAAAAUGCUAUAUUUGCUAGUCAAUUGCAUUCAGGUGAUCAUGUAAAAUAUGUGUAUAAAAAUGAAAUUAUAUUAGGUAAAAUUCGAAAUAUUUAUUUAACAAUAGAAGAAGUUUAUUAUGCACCAUUAACACCAUCAGAUACAAUUAUAAUUGAUAAUGUUUUAGUAUAA